AUGCAAGGCUCCCGCCCGCCGGCGCGCCCCCCCCCCCAACUCCAGCCGGCCCCGCGCCGCUACAUCUGCGAGCCGCGCCGCCUGGGCCCGGGGACCGGCGCCUGGCGGGCCGGGCCGGUGCUCGGCGGCCUCGGGCGCGGGGCGGGCACAGGCGGGCGUGCGGGCGCGCACCCCGGCGCCGGGGCCGGGGCCGGGGCCGAGCGAGCGCGGGAAGGGGCGCGCGCCGCCCGCCGCGCCGCACUUGUCCAACGUGGAAAACCCAAAUACCAGUUUCAAACACUUGGGAAACAUUCGGCCCCCCGGCACCGCGCAUGCGCCCCGGCGCCACCGCCCCCUCCCCCGGGGGCCCCGCCCCCGCCGUACGCACGCCCCUCGCCAGCCCCGCCGCCCGGGGGUGGGGCUCUGCCUGUCACUCCGGCCCGGGCGGGGGUCUCGCGGGCAGAGGGCGGCGGGCGGGGCGCAAACUUUACUAGGAGUUUCGCACUUGCACGCAGAGCGGCGCCGGGCGGCACCGCACUCCCACUGAGGCGGGGCCGCAGGGCGGCAGACGGCCCCGCCCAAAACGGCCGGAGCCGUGCCCGCAGCAGAAUCCCGGCCGCCAGCCCCAUGGACUACCUCCCUCCCGCCGUCAGGCCCUCGCACUCCCCCAACCCGCUCUGCAGCGGGGAAAUAUAUAAGUACGGCUCGGAACAGACUGGCAACCUCGGGAGCCAAUUGACUUGCCGCACUCAGUUGGAUGGCCCAAUCAGGACGAGAAGGGGGCGGAGUGAGCUCGGGUGCCGCCCCCUCCGCCGGGGUCUCACUACUGGCAACCCGCGUCCUCCCGGGGCGGGCGGAGCCCAGCCGGACGGAAGUGGGCGCGCGUGCGCACUACGGCGGCCACGGCGGCCGCCGGCCCGCGCGGGAGAGACCUACCAUCGGCGGUCGGACCACCACUCCCAGCGGCCCCGGCGGCUCGCGCGCUUGCGCGGUCCUCACCGCCCGCCCUUAUUGUGUCGCCGGCUGGAGGCUGGAGCCGAGCGGCUUGGAGACAAAGGGGCUCGAGAGGGGAACUCACGCCGGGCCCCCGGAGAGGCCAGGCGGCCCUUCUUCUCUCUCGUGGCCUGGAUGCCGCUCUUGAAGUCCGCGCCCCCAGUUCGAAAUACCACCCACGGCGGGGCGGGGCCGGCUUCCAGUCAGGGGACCCCGGGGGGGAUUUCUCUCUCAGUCUUGGGCCCUCCCCUCCCCCCACGUCUCUGUCCUUCUGGCGCUAAACUUACGUUGGGUUUUCAUCUAGGCCCGUUGCCUAGACGACGAGCCCGCGCGCGGGUGCCCGCCCCUUCCGGUUCAGGCCCCGCCCGGUGGGCGUGA